AAUUCAGGAAAUGGGAUCUCUGGUGUUACUGCAAAUACAAUCCUCCUGAACACAGUUGCAGGAGCAAAACAAUACAGUUGGUUGACCCAUCAAAUAACUUCAUGAAAGACACCUGACCUUUUCUGCGAUGAUCAGGCAUCUGCUAGCGGUAGUAUGCCUUGCAGUGGCGGUCCUAAUCGGUCCCGAGAUUGGUUAUGUAUUGGAUUUGAUCCCCGGAUGGGACACGGUGAAAUCGUGUAUCACAGACACAGGGCACGCCGCUGGGGACACGAUUCGGCUGCUUGAUUUGCAGGAGCUAUCCCGGUAUAAUGGACAGCAAGGCAGUCCCGGCGUGUACCUUUCCAUUCUGGGACAGGUGUUUGAUGUGGGGAAGGGACACAAACAUUAUGGACCUGGGGGGUCCUACCAUUUCUUUGCAGGAAGAGAUGCGUCCCGAGCCUUCGUGACGGGGGAUUUCACAGAAGCCGGCCUUGUGGAUGACGUGUCAGGACUCUCACCUGCUCAAAUCUUGUCCCUCUCUGAAUGGCUUUCCUUCUACAAUAAAGAUUAUAUACUUGUUGGCAGGCUGGUGGGGAGGUACUACAGUGAGACGGGGGAGCCCACAGAGGCUCUGAAGCAGGUUGAGUCUGCCAUGGCUGAGGGGCUGGAGCUCAGGGCGCAGGCUGAAGCGGACAAGCAGCGCUUCCCUCCCUGCAACUCUGAGUGGAGCUCAGGCAAGGGGGGCAGGGUGUGGUGCUCCACACAGAGUGGAGGUGUUCAGCGGGACUGGGUUGGCGUGCCCAGGAAGCUGUUCACGCCAGGCUCCAGCAGCCAGCGCUGUGUGUGUGUGCAGAGCAGCGGGCCCUCAUCCAGCCAGCAGCUCAGGGACAGGGGAGACCUGGACAGCCCCAACCUGCAGGAGUACCAGGACUGUCCCUCACUGGCAGAGUCCUGUCUGCUGACAGACUGACAACAGCAACCAAGCACUGCCUGUCUUUCUCAGACUUGCUUUUGUGGAGCACCAUUCUAUAUUCAUUGUAAAAACCAUUUAAGACUGUAAUAGUUCUGUAUUCCUUUUAUGGGAGGGUAAGAUUUGGAAGGAUGACUCAUAUAGUUGCUUAGUUACGCUUUAGUCUUUUUUCUUGUUUUUUUUUUAACAAUUUAAUAUCAAAUCAUUUGUCAGGGUUCCAUGGCAUCUGAUUUUGCCAGUUCAGAGACAGCACAGAAAGUUUUAAAACUAAAAACUACAACAAUCAAACACACCGCACAAUAAAAAGUAGAUACAAAAAUAAAAGACGACUCAUCUAUACAUUAAAUCAACAUUGUUUGAUAACAAACCAGAGACAAAGCAUUUUAAACAUAUACCGCCUCUACUAGCUGCAGUAUUACAUUCCCAUUUUCUUUUUUUUUGGUAUAUUGUGUUCGUAACUCAUUCUUCUAGAUUUGAAUAGCCUGUAGUUUACACUACGUGACAAGACUGAGAUGCGUUGUUUCCAGACAGAGUGCGCACAGAUACUUGUACGUCUGACGUCAGAUGCUAUUGAACAAAUUGUAGGAAUGCCUCCUACAACCAAAACAAGUCACAACAGAGGUACAUGCGUCCUACCUGAUUAGAAGUAACAUCAUACUACAUAUCCAAGAUCAGCAUCACAUAUAAUAGAUUAACACUCAUUCUAUAACACAGGCUUGUUUCUUUUCUGACAGCUUAUGUCGUAAACUAUGUACUUGAUCAUAGGCUACCUGUUGUUCAGAUUGUUCAAAUAAAUAAACUAUAUGUUAAAAAAGGGUGUUAAAUAUACAUGUAUACAUCUUUUAAUCACCAAAAUAGCUUAUUGAUUGUUAUUAUUUUGUAACAAAUAAUAAGCUUAAUCAAUAAUAAGAAUAAUAAUGCAUGUUUGUUGUCAUGCUGAUGCGCUGGGGAGGCCGCACUGUGGUUGAUCCCCGGAGCCAGCAUCGCAGCCGUUGUGUGUGCUGAUGCGCCAGGGAGGCAAAAUAAGCUGAUCCCUGGAGCCAGCAUUACACUUCAGCCAUUAACACCAGACAGAAGGAUAUCUACAUCAUCAUAUGGAAGGAAACGUAAAUGGAUGGAGACACAUAUGGCUCACAUUAGUUUACUGUAAAGCUACGUCUUAGUUGGUGCUUAUCUUGGCGAGAGCCGAGUUCAAAUCAGCAUGAAGUUUUAACAUCUACUCUCGUGUAAUGGAAAUUAUGUAAAUCCCUGUAUAUUCAAAUAGAACUGGGAGAGGUAGCAGAACCUUGGUUUGUUUACACAUCUGGUACAUACCGUUCCUGUUACUCAUCAUUGAAUUAAGAUCCGCCCACAUGGUGGAGCUUUAAAAACUGCUGAACAUGAGCUCAUUCUUUCAGUAUCCAGAACUGCAGCAACUCUGAUACCCACCACUUUCAAGAUCCAGCCAGUCUGCCAAUUUAUUAUCACCUAUUUGGAUAGGAGAACAAAAACAAAACCAGAGACGCCGGGAGUAUGGAAACCUACGAUCACUUAUGGAAGGAACUCCUGGAAAGUCUUGAGACAGAAGUCUUGAAAAAAAUAUUUAAAGUCACCAAGCCAGAUUCUAAAAGAAGAUGUCCUAUCAAACCCAUAAUGAUCAGCAGUGUGGUGAAGAACACGCUCAGCUCUAAGGAACUGUUGUCACGCACAGCGCUCACCAAAAACAUCCUCUACAAGUUUGCACUUGUCAGAUGCGGGAGUGUUAACAUUUCUCAAACCAGAGAUAAAAUCACUCAGGAAAUACUGAAGUAUUGGAAUACACGGGGUCUGCCAGGUUACAGGCUUAGAGACCACGAACAGAGGGAAUGCGGAAAAAUACUUGUGCGUCUAGAGGAAUCUACUAUUGUGGAAAUCUGGAAAAAGGUGAAGACAUGCCAUGAAAGGGAAUGGACUCUCAGCCUCCUAGACGACAUUGUGAAGUCUCUACCCUCCGUGGAAUGGCUUCUGCAACGAAGAUGUAUCACGAGGGAGAUGCUUAUGUCCUACUUGGUUAGCGAGAACAACACAAUUGAUGGCCAACCUUCAAAAGAUGAACUUGUCAGGGCUGUGUUGCACAACAUCAGUCAGUAAAAUUUUUGACUUUUUAGUACACACUAAUUUUUUCUGUAGAAACUCUUAUGCAGAUGUUAUAUUUAUGCACUAAAUGUUAAAAGCAUGCAUUUUUCUAAAACACUUCCAUUUUAUUAAAAUUAAAGUUAAGGUUUUUGCAUGUUUAUUUUAGUUGAAGGAUCUAUUAAAACUAAUAUAUAACAGACAUAUUAGAUAUUACCAAGUGAAAAUGGUUGAUACUACAUAUCAUUUUAUCAACACGCUACUAGAGUAAAUCAUCAUGUUUAAAAGAUGCCUCGCAGUCUUGGGAGGGUGACAUAGUGGCAAGUAAAUUUCAAUUAUAAAGAAAGUUUGUGUCCCUAUAACAAACUAUUGGGAAAUCUAAUCAAAGUGGUCAGUCAACAAAGUCCAUAUGUGGUUAAACUAGGGAAGAAUGUAGCGACCAGUCUAAGUGUAAAUGUGAAGUUGACUGGGGAACACUGAAACUUUACUUGUGUCAGAAUUAAAAUAAAUAAUUUUAAAAGA